AUGGCACAUCUAAGAAGGGGCUUAAAGGCUAUGCUUGAGAAAAGCCCGGAUGACAUUGUCUUCUUGUCCGCGCUAAGAACUCCCGUAACACGUUCCUUCAAAGGAAAGCUUGCGAGCGCCCAUGCAGAGGAACUGCUUGCCACUGUUUUACAAGCCACGAGAACUCAGCUACCCAGUCUAGAUCCUUCUGAGGUAUCAGACGUCGCAGUGGGAACUGUUCUCUCAGAGCUAGGCGGGCAAAAGGCUGGUCGGGCGGCUCUUUUGCACGCUGGAUAUCUCGACUCAACAGCGCUUUACACUGUUAACAGAGCAUGUUCAUCUGGCUUACAGGCGGUAACUAAUAUUGCAGACGCGAUAGCCUCUGGUCGUAUGGACAUGGGCAUUGGCGGCGCAAUGGAGAGCAUGACGAGAAACUAUGGCUCAAAAGCCAUCCCGACUGUUGUAUGGGAGAAACUGCGCGAGUCUAAUGUACAAGCAGCACGAGACUGUUUGCUUCCAAUGGGCAUCACGAGCGAGAAUAUCGCGCGCCGAUACGGCAUUUCACGCGCGGACCAAGACGCUUUUGCCCUGGUUAGUCACACCAAAGCUGCGAAAGCGCAAGCCGAAGGUCGAUUUAAAGAUGAAAUCGUACCCGUUGAGUUGCUUUCAGAUACAGGGGAUGUCAUCGCCGUAAUUGAAGAUGAUGGGAUCCGACCCAAUGCUUCACUGGAGCAAUUGGCGAAGUUGAAGCCGGCCUUUCUUCCAGACGGUGCGUCUACUGCUGGGAACUCGUCUCAGGUUUCGGAUGGCGCAUCUCUUAUCUUAAUCGCUCGCCGCAGCACUGCUACUCGGCUCGGACUUAAUGACCAUAUCUUAGGCAAAUGGGCUCGAUCAGCAGUGGCGGGUGUUGCGCCUGAUGAGAUGGGAGUUGGCCCUGCUGUUGUUAUUCCCAAGAUGCUCCAGUCAGCCGGAAUCUCAGCCAGUGAAGUCAAUGUUUGGGAAAUCAAUGAGGCUUUUGCCAGUCAAGCGCUUUAUUGUAUUGACAAGCUGGGCAUUGAUAUGGACAAAGUGAACCCCAAUGGAGGAGCCAUAGCGUUGGGCCAUCCCCUCGGAGCUACUGGAGCGCGUCAGUUGACGACGCUUCUGCAUCACCUCAAGAGAACUGGGCAAACCGUUGGAGUUGUCUCAAUGUGUAUUGGGACAGGCAUGGGCAAGAGUGCUCUGAUUCUCUCUGAGUAA